AAAAAACAGCAAAAUUCAGCUUCAAUAAAUUGUGAAAAAAAAAACAAAGGCAGGCAGGAUAAUGUCAUUGGCAAGAAGAAAAGGCAACUGAGAACUGAAAAAUAAUUACGGCAGGAAAGAACAAUAAUAAUAAGCAACAUGAGCAGCCUGUCAGCGGUGCCAGGAGCUGUUGCAGAGGCAGCAGCAGCAGCAACUGGAGUUGCCACUGCCACGGGCAGCAUGGAGCCAGCGAUGGUGCCACGUACCGCCAAUUUGCUGGCAUGCAAACAAUGGUGGCGCGUCUGCUUCUUGUACGGCGACCAGCAGAAAUAUUAUCGACAGCUCUAUAGCAAGGCAGCGGCACAGCGGCUGGCCCACGGAGCCACCAACAAUGAGGCAGGCGGCCAGGGACAGGGACAGGGACAGGGCCAAGAGUACGACACGGUGGCUGGCGAUUUUAUCGCUGCGCAAUUAGAUGCCGCCGAAGAUGCGGACGAUGGCAUUGAUCUGGCAGGAGAUAACAGCAGUCAGCCAGGAGCAGGAGGAGCAGGAGGAGCAGGAGGAGCUGCUGCUCGCCCACUCUUUCCGCUGUGCACCUCGCCGCGACGCAGCAAAAAGCUUCUUCGCUCGCUCAGAGCACAUGUCCGCGGGGAGAGCAGGCAGGAGAAGGUGAGGGAGAGGGAGAAGCCAGAGCUGACCCAACGGAAUGCCCGUGUGACUGUGCUCGAUGAUCCCUUUCUCUUUGGCCUGGACAUAGACGCGGAACAUCUGGGGGAUCUGGUGGAGGGCCGUGGCAAUGGCAGUGCCAGGGGCAAGCAGUACAGUCCGCUGGAGGCCACAGAGAGCAUUGCCAGAUACUACGAUGAGCUGCAGCAGGAGACGCUAGAGGCCACAGCGCAGGUGCUCGAGAUCAUCGAACAGGAAGAGGAACAGGACAAGGAGCCACCCAAGCCCGCGCUGCCGCCGAAGCAAAAGCAGCCACGUCCUGUGCCCCCGCCGCUGCCAGCGCGUAUCACGCAGGGCGCGUUGCAACCUCUGACCGUCGGCGAUCUGCAGUUCCUGAAUCUGAGCCUGCGGCAACGCAGUUUACCGCGCAGCAUGAAGCCGUUUAAGGAUCCCCACGAUAUCAGUUUCACUUUCAAUGAGCUGGACACUGGAGCGGAAGUGGCCACAGGAGUUGGCCCCGCCACACAGCAGGAGUCCAAUGAACCCAUCAGCCGGACGCCGCUAACGCAGAUCUCCUAUCUGCAGAAGAUACCCACGCUGCCGCGCCACUUCUCGCCCAGCGGCGGCUGCGCCCAGGGACUGCCCCCACCGCCGGCCCUCGCUGGCUGUGGCUCCGCCUUGGGCCUGCCCAGCAGCUCCUCUGCCAGCGCUCUGUAUGCCGCGCAGAAUGCGGGCAUGCUGCCCACCUCCCCGCUGCCGCUGCAACGCCAUCAGCAGUACUUGCCGCCGCACCAUCAGCAGCUGCCUGGAGCCGCACUUGGACCGCAGUACUCGCCCGCUGUUUCGGGCUGCUCCUCCACUGCCAAAUACUCGAAUGCACCGCUGCCGCCGCAUCAUCAUCAGCUGUCCCCAGCGCUGUCCACGCCGUCGCCGCCCUCGCUGCUGCACCAUCCCGGCGCAGGCACGUCCUCCGUCUCGGCACACGCUCCCUUCCUGGCCGGUCCGCACAUGGAUAUGCAGCGGCAGUCGCACUCGGACGAUGACAGCGGCUGUGCGCUGGAGGAAUACACCUGGGUGCCGCCCGGACUGCGACCCGAUCAGGUCCGCUUGUACUUCUCGCAAAUACCCGACGACAAAGUGCCAUACGUCAACAGUCCGGGGGAGCAGUAUCGGGUGCGACAAUUGCUGCAUCAACUGCCGCCGCAUGAUAACGAGGUUCGUUACUGUCACUCACUGACGGAUGAGGAGCGCAAGGAGCUGCGCCUGUUCUCCACACAACGCAAGCGGGAUGCCCUCGGACGCGGCAAUGUGCGACAGCUGAUGAGCGCGCGACCAUGCGACGGGUGCGACGAACUCAUUUCCACGGGCGACAUUGCGGUGUUCGCUACGCGCCUGGGACCCAAUGCCAGCUGGCAUCCGGCCUGCUUUGCGUGCUGCAUCUGCCGUGAGCUGCUCGUGGAUCUCAUCUACUUUCAUCGGGAUGGACGCAUGUACUGUGGCCGGCAUCACGCGGAGACGCUCAAGCCGCGCUGCUCGGCCUGCGAUGAGAUCAUCCUCGCCGAUGAGUGCACCGAGGCGGAGGGUCGUGCCUGGCACAUGAAUCACUUUGCCUGCCACGAGUGUGACAAGCAGUUGGGCGGCCAGCGGUACAUUAUGCGCGAGGGAAAACCCUACUGCUUGCACUGCUUCGACGCAAUGUUCGCGGAGUACUGCGACUACUGCGGCGAGGCCAUUGGCGUGGACCAGGGACAGAUGAGCCACGACGGGCAGCACUGGCAUGCCACCGAUGAGUGCUUCUCGUGCAACACGUGCCGCUGCUCGCUGCUGGGACGCGCCUUUCUGCCGCGACGUGGCGCCAUCUACUGCUCGAUUGCCUGCAGCAAGGGCGAGCCGCCGACGCCGUCGGAUAGCUCCGGCACCGGCAUGUACACCACGCCCACACCGCCCACGCAGCGUGUGCGGCCACAGACGCGCAUCACCAGCAGCCACGCCUCCAGCUCGCCGCCCAUGUCGCCGCAGCAGCAGCAGCAGCACCAAGCGAGCUUCAACCAGGCGAUGUACCAGCUGCAGAGCCAGCAAAUGGCAGCGGCCGGGGGGGCAGCCACAGCUGGGGGCAGUCUCUUGGGGCUGGGCGGGGAACUGUCCCUGCUGGAGCAGGCCAAGCAGAGCCAGAGCUACGCCACCUCCGACUCGGAUGCGGGCGUGGUCAAGGAUCUGGAGCACUGCCGCGGAGGCGGAGGCGGAGGCGGAGGCGGCGCGGACUUUACCGACUUUUCCAGCACCUCGCAGAAUCUGUCGCCGCUCAACUCCCCCGGCGACUUCCCGCCGCACGCGCUCAUGCCGCAGCCCAUGGAGCUGCAGCAGCGGGAUGGCGUCUACAACUUCAACGAGAUGUCCUCGAAUCUGGAUGCCGCGUGGCCCGCCAAGCCUCCGCUGGGCGCCACACACAGCUACCAGCUGCAGCGGCAGCUGCUGGAACACUCCCACACCUCCAGCAUGCCCGAGCUGGCGGGGAAGGGGCCAAUGCUGCAGCAUCAUCAUCAGCAGCAGCAGCAGCAGCAGCCAGCGUUGCAUGCCUCCGCGCAGCAGUUUCAGCACGAGUACGCGGACAUCCUGCAUCCAGGGACUGCCACCGGGGAGCUGCCUGAGUUGCCGACGCCCAACCUCAGUGUGGCUUCGACGGCGCUGCCGCCCGAGCUGAUGGGUUCGCCCACAAACUCCGCUGGGGAUCGCUCGCUGAACACGCCCCUGUCCACCCACUCGGCCACGCAUGCGGCCACCCACCCCGUGUCCAUACUGAGUGGCGCCUCCUCCUCGUCGCCCAUGAGCGGGGAGCCCGCGAAGAAGAAGGGCGUCCGCUUUGAGGGCAUCCCGGACACGCUGCCACGCUCCCGCAGCUACUCGGGCAAUGGAGCGGGCACGAGCCCGGAGACGAGACAAGGCGACAAGGACAGAGACAAGGAGCGGGACAAGGAGCGGCAUGGAGCGGGACACUCCUCGCGGCGCAGACGCCGCCGCAAGUCCAGCAGCGCCGCCGCCGCCUCCUCCUCCAGUCAUCACCAUCGCAGCGGCAGCGGCCAUCGCUCGCACUCCACCAGCCGCGCAGACACCUACGCCCCGGCACAGCCGCUGUCCUCGUCCUACCAGGGAGCGCCCUCCAUGCUGCAGGCGGACAGCGAGUCCCCGCACAAGGGGCGGCAGCCCAGGGAGGAGUCCGCGGAGGAGUCCGAUGUGUGCUCCACGUGCAGCUCGAGCUCCUCCAGCUCCGAGGACUACAUGAUGAUGUACCAGCUGCCACAGCGACGGCACUACGGCGGCGUGCGGGUGAGCUACGUGCCCAACGAUGCGCUGGCCUACGAUCGCAAGCGGAAGCCCGCGGAGCUGCCCGCCGACAAGGACAAGAACUGCAUCAUCUCGUGAUCCCUGAGGGCAUUUCAACUAGAGUCGAGCAGCGGCGGAGCAGGAGCAUUGUUAAUGAGGCGCCGCGGGGCAGCUCCACUCGCUAACGAAGUAGCCACAGAAGCUGCAAGGGAUCAUCAAUUCAGAGCGAAACGUGGCUGAACGCGGAGCAGGGGCAGAGCUGCAGCAGUUGAGAGAGCGAAACGGGAUCCCGAGGAUGCAACACAAUAGGAGCCAAGCACAGGCGGCGGCUCCACACUGUUCCAAAUACACACAGCCCUAGUUUAGGCUAAGCGACUAAGCAAGUACACAACUAGUUUAGGCCGAGCAACUAAGCAAAGCAGAACCCAACUUACUUCCAACUGGCAAGUGGAAAAACUAUUUUCACAUACGCAAAUAUUUGGGCAGCUAAAAACUAUUUAUGCAGCGGCAAAGUACGAGUUUUAAGCCACAAAUUUAACUGUAAAUUGAAGUAAAAUUAAUUUUAUUUAUUAUUAACUUUUAGUUCCACUUUAAGCCACAUUUUCA